AUCUUCUGUAAGCAUCGUGGACCGCUUGAACCUCUAUCAUCUUCAAGCCCAGUGUGUGCUCUUCACUGCUUCCCCUUCCGCAUUUCGUCGAGCAUUUUAAUGUCCAGCACCAUACCCCCUCUUUCUCUCACCGCCCAUUUCAAUCAAUUCAUCGAUAAACCCUCGGUCAUAGCCUUAAACCCCUGUAGCAGUUCUCCCGUUAUGUGGAGAAGCAUAGCCAAACAGAUCCCUACAAAAGUCUCUCACAAGUUCUCUCUCAAUCUUGAUAAACUAUUGAAGUUCAAAUCAGUUGAUCCCGUCUCUUGCUCGAAGAAUCGCUAUGCCGGGCUAGGAUUUCGGAGAAAUGGCAAAACUUUUCCGCGGGCAGAGUUUUUGAGCAGACCAGUUUUGCCGCACAUAAACGGGUUAUCCUCCAAGUGCUAUGCUAGUGUUGCCGAAGCUGUUGAGGUUUUGUCCAACGAGACCGAAGAAAGCGUGCCUGCCUUCGCGGAUGAGGUUGAGCAAUUGUUGGCGGAAAUGAGAAGAGAAGAGAUGAAACAGUUUCAUUGUGAGUGGAGGAAACAUCAGAAGAAGUCUAGAGGGAUGGGGAGAUGGAAAUAUCACGCUCUUAGGAAAAGGCAGGUAAUGAUUGAGACUGAGGCAUGGGAGAAAGCUGCCAAAGAGUAUAGGGAACUCCUGGAAGAUAUGUGUGCUCAGAAGUUGGCACCUAAUUUACCAUACAUGAAAUCUCUUUUUCUAGGAUGGUUUGAGCCGCUUUAUAAAAGAAUUGCUGAAGAACAGGAGCGUUGUCGGAAUGGGAUAGGAAAAGACAAAUAUCUGAAAUACAUUGAUCAGUUACCUGCAGAUAUGAUUGCUGUGAUAGCGAUGCAUAAGUUGAUGGGGUUAUUGAUGGCAUGUGGUGAACAUGGUGCUGCAAAGGUGGUACAUGUUGCCUAUACUCUGGGAGAUGCAAUCGAGCAAGAGAUUAGGAUACACAAACUUUUGGAGAAAACAAAGCAGGCUAAAGUAAAUAAAGAUGCAAAUGAUAAUAAAGUUGAUAAAGAUACAGAAAUGGAUGGAGAAGAAACUGCAGAAGAAAACAAACAAAAUCUGCAGAGAAGAGUCACUAAUUUGAUAAAGAAGAAAAACCUACGAGCUGUGAGACGGAUAGUGGACAGCCAGGAAGAUUUGAAGCACUGGGAACAAGGUGCCAAGGUUAAGGUUGGGUGCCAUCUGGUUGAGUUGGUAUUGCAGACAGCUUAUAUACAGCCCCCAACAGAUGAAUUGGCUGACAGUCCGCCAGACGUUCGACCUGCAUUCAUUCAUACAACUAGGACUCUCACUAUUAAAGCAAAGGGUGGUAGCAGAAGAUAUGGCGUUAUCCAAUGUGACCCAUUGGUCCUCAAAGGUCUUGAAAGAUCAGCUCGACACAUGGUUAUUCCUUAUAUGCCAAUGCUAGUUCCUCCAGUCAAGUGGACAGGUUAUGACAAGGGUGCAUACCUUUAUUUGCCUUCAUACGUCAUGCGCACACAUGGAGCACGACAGCAAAGAGAAGCUAUUAAGAGAGCCCCUAGGAAGCAGUUAGAACCUGUAUACGAGGCACUUGAUACACUUGGAAGUACCCGGUGGAGGAUAAAUAAACGAGUACUCUCUAUUGUUGAUCGAAUAUGGGCUAGUGGUGGUCAUCUUGCUGGUUUAGUUAACCGUGAUGAUAUCCCUUUGCCAGAAGAACCAGAUACAGAAGACGAAACAGUAAUUAAAAAGUGGAGGUGGAAAGUCAACAGUGUCAAGAAAGAGAACAGAGAAAGACAUUCACUUCGAUGUGAUACAGAGCUCAAACUUGCUGUGGCACACAAAAUGAAAGAUGAAGAAGGUUUCUUUUACCCACACAAUCUUGAUUUUCGUGGCCGUGCAUACCCCAUGCACCCACAUUUGAACCAUCUUGGCUCUGAUAUCUGCCGGGGAGUCUUAGAGUUUGCUGAAGGGCGCCCUCUUGGGAAAUCAGGCCUUCGUUGGAUGAAGAUACACUUGGCUAACUUGUAUGCUUGUGGUGUCGAUAAAUUAUCUCUGGAUGGUCGGAUAGCCUUUACUGAAAAUCAUUUGGACAAUAUAUUUGAUUCCGCUGACAGACCACUUGAGGGGAAGCGUUGGUGGCUCAAAGCAGAGGAUCCUUUUCAGUGUUUGGCAGCGUGUAUUAAUCUCUCUGAAGCCUUGAGAAGUGAAUCUCCAGAAAUGGCCAUUUCGCAUGUUCCGGUGCACCAGGAUGGUUCUUGCAAUGGUCUACAGCACUAUGCCGCUCUUGGAAGAGACAAGUUAGGAGCACUUUCUGUCAAUCUGGUUGCGGGAGAAAAACCCGCCGAUGUUUACUCAGGCAUAGCAGCUAGAGUUCUGGAUAUCAUGAAGAGAGAUGCACUGGAAGAUCCUGCCGUAUUCCCUGAUGCAUUACGCGCUAGGCUUCUAGUCAAUCAGGUUGAUAGAAAACUGGUGAAGCAAACAGUGAUGACAUCAGUUUAUGGUGUCACAUAUAUCGGUGCCCGAGAGCAAAUCAGGAGGAGACUGAAGGAGCGUGGGGUGAUUGAAGAUGACUCUGAACUCUUUGGUGCAGCCUGUUAUGGUGCAAAAGUCACAUUGACUGCGCUAGGGGAGAUGUUUCAAGCUGCACGCAGUAUCAUGACUUGGCUCGGAGAUUGUGCGAAGAUAAUUGCUUCUGAAAACCAACCAGUUCGAUGGACAACACCCCUUGGACUUCCAGUUGUGCAACCUUACCACAAGAUUGGAAGGCACCUUGUUAAGACUUCUCUUCAGGUGUUGACUUUGCAGCGAGAAACAGAAAAGAUCAUGGUCAAGAGGCAGAGAACGGCUUUCCCUCCAAAUUUUGUCCAUUCCCUUGAUGGGUCACAUAUGAUGAUGACUGCAGUUGCAUGCAAAAGAGCAGGCUUGAGAUUUGCAGGAGUUCAUGACUCAUACUGGACGCAUGCAUGUGAUGUGGAUGAGAUGAACACGAUCCUAAGGGAGAAGUUUGUAGCACUUUAUGAAAAGCCCAUACUAGAAAAUUUAUUGGAGAGCUUUCAGCAGUCUUUCCCCACACUGACAUUUCCACCAUUGCCUGAAAGAGGGGACUUAGAUAUGAAAGAUGUCCUGGAUUCUCCAUACUUCUUCAAUUGAUUAUUACUCUCAGGGAGGAAGUGCUCCCGUAUUUGCUUCUUGUGUGAUAAAAUCUCGGGUUAUGGCCUGAAGACGGCAUGAGACCCUUGUCUUUGUAUAUAUGAGCUGAAGCAUACAAUAAUCUUUGACCUUGCUUCAAUUUGAGGCGACACGGUUUUUGACCCGCUUUGUUGGAUGGGCAUCUCAAGUAGACAUGGGGAUAUUGAGACCAUCUGCAUAGCUAUGUGGUGAUGGAUUUCCAAUGUUACCUGGUGAAAGUGGCUAUACAGUUGACUAAUUCUGCAACUGAAAUGGCAAAUCUCCCAGCUUCUUGAUGUAAAUGUUUUAAAUGUGAAGGUGUUUCUUGCAAGCCUCCGAGCUAAUUUUAUUUAUUUAUUUUAAUAAUUCAAUAGCCAUGUCACUUUGUUUAAUAGAGCUUUUAUGUAAUUCUUAAAUAUGUAAAUUUUAUUUGUUAAUAUUAGAUUAGAUAUUAUAAAAUUGAAUUGAGAAUACCAUCAGUCUUGUGUCUCUUGUCUCGUUGCAUGAGUAUGACAUAACAUAUGACGAAGAGUGUUUGGGAAACAUGAUAAGGCUUUAGAGUUUAGAUUAUUAUUGUAUUUAUUAUUGUUGUUCUUGAGA